AUGAUUCUGGUGUGUCUCUAUGUUGAUGACAUCUUGCUAACAGGAAGUUGUCCAAACGAUAUAAUCAAGUUCAAGGAAGUUCUGAUGAAUGAGCUUGAGAUGACAGAUCUGGGAAAUAUGGUAUAUUUUCUAGGGAUGGAGAUUAUGUACUCCGAGAAGGGUAUCCUUUUGCAUCAGUUGAAGUAUGAACUUGAACUUCUGAAGAGAUUUAAGCUGCAGAAAUGUAAGGUUGUUGUUACACCAUCAGAAACUAAUCAUAAACUGGAUUCUGAUUCUGAUGGUGAUUCUGUGGAUGCUACAACCUUCAAACAGCUGGUUGGUUCUCUGAGGUAUUUGUGUAAUACCAGACCUGAUAUUUUUUAUGCAGUUGGAAUAGUUAGCAGAUUCAUGAGUAAACCAAAGUGUUCUUAG